CCUUGUGGAUACGGGAGGCGUGCACGUGGGAGUUGCGGGUGUCACUCUACCUCUAGGCCGGACGCACGACACGAAACUUCAAAGAAGAAGGAGGACGACCCGCAGGAGGACCGGUCCCCGUUUGGAUCUAAUCGAUCGGCGUGUUCCGGGGCGCGAGGCCUCCCUACCCGGGGUUCGCGGGUUCCAGCUGGCACCAAGACGCACCUGCCACCGUCCCGCCGCCGCGUGAGCCAUGCCGGCCGGGUUUCAGCAGCUCGGAGGGGAGGCAGUGACUGGAACCCUCGCUCUCUCGGUCUUCACUGCCGUCCUGGGAUCUCUGGAGUUUGGCUACAACAUCGGGGUCAUCAACGCACCUCAGAAGAUCAUUGAGAGGGACUACAAUGCCACGUGGGUGCACCGGUACGGAGAGCCCAUCCCCUCAGGGACCCUCACCACCCUGUGGUCGCUGUCCGUGGCCAUCUUCUCCAUCGGGGGGAUGCUGUCCUCCUUCUGCGUGGGCUUCGUCUCGGAGUGGCUGGGCAGGAGGAAAGCCAUGCUCAUCAACAACAUGCUGGCGUUUAUCGGCGGCAGCCUGAUGGGAAUGGCCAAGCUCUGCCGCUCCUUUGAGAUGAUGAUCCUGGGACGGUUCAUCAUCGGCGCGUACUGCGGCCUGGCGUCCGGCCUGACGCCCAUGUACGUUGGGGAGAUCGCGCCGACCAGCCUGCGAGGGGCGCUGGGCACGCUGCACCAGCUGGCCAUCGUCAGCGGGAUUCUCAUAGCACAGAUCCUGGGCCUGGAGUCGCUGCUGGGCAGUCCUGAGCUGUGGCCCGUCCUGAUGGGUCUGACCGUCGUGCCCACCGUGCUCCAGAUGGGCCUGCUGCCCUUCUGCCCCGAGAGCCCCAGGUUCCUCUACAUCGUCCGGUGCCAGGAGCACCACGCCAAGAGCGGCCUGAGGAGGCUGACGGGCCGGCAGGAGGUGGGCGACAUGCUGGCCGAGAUGAAGGAGGAGAAGCGGCGGAUGGACAUGGAGAGGAAGGUGUCCAUCCCCGAGCUGUUCCGGUCGUCCCUGUACCGCCAGCCCAUCAUCAUCUCCAUCCUGCUGCAGCUGUCGCAGCAGCUGUCGGGGGUCAACGCCGUCUUCUACUACUCCACUGAUAUCUUCACCAAGGCGGGAGUCCAGAGCCCGGUCUACGCCACGAUCGGAGCGGGAGUGGUGAACUGCGCCUUCACCGUGGUCUCGCUCUUCCUCAUCGAGAGGAUGGGCCGGCGGACGCUCCACAUGCUGGGCCUGGGGGGGAUGUGCAUCUGCGCCCUCAUCAUGACCACGGCGCUCGCUCUGCUGGACAGCGUCCCCUGGAUGAGCUACGUCAGCAUGCUGGCCAUCUUCGGCUUCGUGGCCUUCUUCGAGGUGGGCCCGGGCCCCAUACCCUGGUUCUUCGUGGCCGAGCUGUUCUCCCAGGGCCCUCGGCCGGCCGCCAUGGCCGUGGCGGGCUUCUCCAACUGGACCGCCAACUUCAUCAUCGGCAUGUGCUUCCAAUACGUGGCUGACCUCUGCGGGCCGUACGUCUUCCUGAUCUUCGCCGCGCUCCUCCUCUUCUUCCUCAUCUUCACAUUCUUCCGCGUGCCGGAGACGCGCGGCAAAACCUUCGACCAGAUCGCCGCCAACUUCCACCAGCACUCGCCGGGAGGGAUGAUGGACAUGGACAUGGACAUGGACAUGGACACGGACAAGCCCAGCACGGAGCUGGACUACCUGGGCGAAGAGAGCAACAACUGAGGCGUCUCGGCGAAAACGAACUGAGAAUCACUUGAGAGGAACUGUGUCUGCAGCCUUUUGAUUUCUAACAUGUAUAUUGAGGUCUAUAUUUAUAAGCAUAUAUAUAUACAUAGUGGUGCCAAAGCAGUGUUAAAAGUGUGACAAUUUGGGUGUUUUGUGUUUUGCUGGCACCACUGCAACACGCGGCUAACGACAUCUGGUAGGACUUGAAAGGAGAAAGAGUUCGGCUGCGGAAAGAGGCGUCUGAAGCCUCGAGGCACCGAGUGCCGCCCGGGAUGGAUUUUUUUUUUAUUUAUGGGUUGAAACGGUUGAACACUGUGGCAAUACUGACAGAUUGAGAGACUUUGGAAUUCCUGCACUUUAUAAACAAAGACGUCCAGAGUUUCUGAGAGCUUCGAAGUAGAGAAAACCGACUGAGCAGUCAUGGAGACGGAGAUUUUUCUUUUUUUUUUUUUUUUUUAAAGAUGGGAACACACUAGAAGACGUGUUAACACAUUUAGUAGACGGUGUUUGUAGUUUUAUAGAUAAACCCUCGGAGUGCGAGAUUCUGGUUUGAAAACUUUGGGAGUUAAAUACUUUUUUUUUUUUGAUACCAAGUGAGUUUUGUUUGUAACAUCCAGUAAAUGUAUGCCAGUAGCUGCGUGGUCUGAGGUGUGAGGUGAGAGCUUUGCCUGCUUCCAGACGGUAAGAAAAUCAUUCUGUAGAAUUAAUAUCAGCUCAUCAGGAAAAUAUUUGGAUAUUUAUAUUAAAACUAAAAGAUCACGUGGAACCAGUUUUUAACUCAUCUCUCCUCAAAUUGAAGCAAACUCAGAAUUCUGUGUUCAUACCGUGCGUUUUAUUCUUAACGCGCUCCGGCUGUGAUCAGUUUUUUUUUUUUUUUUAAUGGAGAGGGAACCCAGUAUGUUAGGGACGCGCUCUGUGAAGCAUCAAUCCUGUAUCACGUGAUUGAGACUGGUUUUUAUCCUGUGUGCUCCGUGCUGGCUGUUCUGUACCGACGUGCAUCAAACCUGAGGAAUUACGUCCAGACUGCUCAGGGAGGAUGUAUAUUCAGUAAUAACAUGAAGACUGUAAAUAGUGUUGAAGGUCUGAUAACUUCUUUGACUUUGUGUUGCACUUAAUCCAGAAAUGCGGGGGACAAAAAAACUAAAUCGUGAGAUUUGCAAACAUGAUUUAUUUGCAUUUUUAUGUUUCAACAUUGCACAUAAUCCCCUCCGAAAAAAAAAAAAAAAAAAAAGACAUACGAGUAAAAUAAAUGGUUUCUCUGUAAAUCUAUCCUCACCUGAGGAGAUGAAGGGAGCGAGUUUGUUUCAAAAACCGAUGGUAACAGAACUAAAUUGACUCCCGUGAUGCUCACGCUCGGGUCACCCUCUUCAAAUUAAAAAUCCAAAUAAAAGAAGGCUGGUUCCUCUAUA